UGUCCGGGCGGAAACAAGGCGAGGCGGGCCCCGCCGCGCCGCCCCCGCCGCUCUCGGGAGCUGUUUCCUGACGGGCGAGCGGCGCCGGGCACCGGCAGCGGGCGCGGAGGGGCCGGCGGCGCGCGGGGCAGCACUAAGAAAAUAGUUUCAAAGCCAUAAGUAUGGCCUUUGAAAGGAAAGCACAAAAGGACUGGUACAAAAUCCUGGGUGCAAAGCCAUCGGACAGUCCAGGAGAACUAAAACGGAAGUACCAAAGACUUGCUUUGUUAUAUCACCCAGACAAACAGACGGCAGAUGUGCCAGCAGGAGAAGUGAAGGAGCGUGUGCAGAGGUUCAUCGAAAUUGAUCAAGCGUGGAAAAUCCUAGGGAACGAAGAGACAAAAAAAGAGUAUGACCUGCAGCAGCGUGAAGAUAAUCUGACAAAAGAGUGGCCACUACAUGCACAGGUUUAUCUUGAGGAUAUGUCCUGGAAUGAAGAUGAACAAUGUUACACUCUUUCAUGCCGAUGUGGUGGGAAUUAUGCCGUCUCCGAGAGUGAAACCAAAGACGUAUCUUUGGUUUGUUGUGACACAUGUUCACUUGUUAUUGAGAUCCUUCAAUGAUUGUUCCAUCAUGCACGUUGAGUUACAAACUUUAAAAACGUUGGACAAACAGGACAGCGUCUGCUAAGAGAUGUAUGUUAAAGAAAAGGGGGAUGCUGCAAGAACAAGUUCAGGCAGGCAUUAAGAGACGAAAUGUGCCUAUUUACUAACGUACCUCUGAGGACAUGGUGCUUGUUUUUUUUUUGGGGGGGGUUGCUUCUUUUUCAACUAAAGAGCAAUUUACUUAAAAAGAACCAGAACAGAACACUGUUUUGUACAACUCGACUAUAUCUCAUGAUCUAAAGGACCUUUCCCAGCAAACAGCAGAGUGGCUUCUUUCAGUCUCUAGCAGCUGCAGGUUGGGCCCUACCUCUUAAGUUAAAUCCUUUUGAAGACUCAGGUGACAAAAUUUAAUCUGGAGGCAUACAUAUGAGAAUGCUUUGAACAUAAUAAGGAAUAAAGCACAUUAAUGGGAAAAAGGAACAUUCUCUAUUUCUGUGCUAAAUACUUCACUCACCUUUUAAAUCUUUAAAGGAUUUUAAAAGAGGUGACAGAGUUGCAGAUCUAGCAGGCACUGUACCAAGUAGCAGGUACACUGCCCAUUCACUGGACUAUACAGUGCAUCUACAUUAACUUUUCAAUUUGGACCAGGAGUACACUUAAGAACUGACUCCAUCCAUCAUCUGAAUGAAUGCAGUCUUCACUCCUUAGAUGAAAACUAACCAGGACUUUGUGCUUUGGACCCCUGCUGGAAAUAUACUGGCUCAAGCUAGUUGAGGAAAGCCCUACAAACCACGUUUGAGUAAAAUGGACAGCAGAUCCUGAAGCCAGUUGUUACUCUUUUUGUUUCAAUCCUAGUGUACCACAAUACUUAUUAAUGUAGGUAUAUAACUCAUGUGUGUUUCUUGAUGUGUGAUAAGAGUGCAUUGCCUUCUUCAUCCCUUGUUAUCAGUCAGUAUAAACUUUGUUUUGUAGGAAAAUGCAAAACUUCAAAUAAAUCCAAGCACUUACUGUGAAUAUACAGAGGAAACAGAGUAAGAAGCAUGUUGUUUUUGAUGAUGACAGCAGUGUAUCAUUCCUACUUUCAAGGUAGAUGUAAUCUCAGAAAGAGGCAUCUUUUUCAAGUAAUAGUUGUGUCUACUCUAAACAAAAAUAAUUCAAUUUAUUUCAGUAUAAAAUAAUAUGGAAGCUUGCAAUAGAAACUUCAUUCUUUUAAUCAUCAAGAAAUCUAUGGCCAUUGGGGCUUGCACGUAGAAAUCCAAAGUCAUUCAGAGGCCAUAUCUGUAAAAAAAAGUAACAGGAAAUUUUAAUCCCAACCCAGAGUUCAACAUUUUCAUUUGUUAGUGUUAUAAGCUUUUCAUAACCUGCAGCAUUUUUCAACUUUUUGACUGGGAGGCUAUAGCACAAGGAUUGAAACUUUUCUUAACGUAUGUGUUUUCUUUACUAGGAUGAAUAUAUAUUACAUAUGAGGAGGAAUCCUAAUUCUAUGGCAGCUGUAGACAACACUGAUUUAUACAACAAACAGUAGUUCAGCGCAAACAUUAAACCGUGGUGGGAAAAAAGCUAUGGAUUUAUAGGUAAGCUUAUACCAUGCAAAUGGGUAUAAAGGAGUAGUGUGCCUGUCAUUGUCACCGGAUCUCAACCAAGGGGGCUCCUCUGAGAAUGGGAUAAAGGGAAAGAGCACAAAUCAUGAUCCAAGUACAAGCAUCAGAGAAGGAUGCUCAACAGUAAGAACGAACUUUCUCUCCAGAAGUUAACCAUAUAACUGUUCAUACUACUGAACACUCCCAGGAGUACUUUCCUCUGAACAUUCACUAAUUACAUGCAGGCUGGUCUUAGAUGAAAAA